AUGGAAGCAAGUGUGUAUCACGAAACCUCCGACUAUCAGCUUGAGGAUGGUAUAAAGUUGCUGGAGAUUAUCUGCCCUGGGCUCAAUGAGAAGGUCCUUGACAUUGGCUGUGGUACUGGUCGCCUGUCUAAAGUUAUUUCCAAAAGAGUUGGCAAUGGUGGGAAAGUGAUUGGAGUCGAUCCUGACGAGGAGAGAAUAAAAAUAGCAAUAAAUGAAAGGAAAGGAUACAACAACAUCCAGUUCAUGGUGGGAUCGGAUCAAACCUUCCCUGAAGAUAAAUAUGAUGCUAUUGUCUCCACUGAUGUUUUUCACUGGAUCAAAGACAAGGAGCCCCUUUUCAAGAGGAUUUAUGAUAACCUCAAGCCAGGAGGAAAACUGGGAUUCACGACCUUUGAUGGAAAUGCAAGGCCGGAUUUAUUGAUCGAGAUCUUUCGUUUGUGCGGUCCAAAGACCUAUGAAGCAGCAAUGAGCUGUGUCUAUUGUGACACAGGUCAGAAGUACAAGGAACUGGCGGCAGCUAUUGGCUUUGACGUGAUGCUGUUGGAUGUAAAGGCUCGGAAAAAUAUCUUCCCAAAUUUAGACGCAUUCAUUGAUUUCUUUUAUGCUGUCUAUUAUGGAAUGUUUGAUCGUGAUGAUCCAGGACUGAAUGAUCUGAAGGAAAGGUACAAGGGGCAACCUGUACCAAUGGAGUUGCAGCGACUGACCAUGAUACUGACCAAACCGCUGGAGUAA